AAACAACCACAGGAAAUUACUACAGCCCUGAGAGCUGAAAGCAGAGCUGGCAUUUGCACUGAUCUUUGAUAUCUACAUCCUAUACUAGUCUGCUGGGACCGCUGCAGAUUGGGUGGCUUAAAAGAAAUCUACUGUCUUUAGUCCUGGAGCCUGAAAUCAAGGUGUCGGCAAGAUUGCUUUCUCCUGAGGCUUCUCUCCUUGGCUUGCAGACAGCCAGCUGUCUUCUACCUGUGUCUUCGUGUGGUCUACCCUCUGUGCCCGCACACGGAGAAAGAUAGUGGAACUCAUCCUGCUUUCAUAUUCACUGAUAUUCGGACACAAUGACGCUGCUGCAUGAUAACCUCUAUGAGCAUGUUUUCUUCUCUGGGAACAAGGAAGUAUAUGGUCGGACCCCAUCCAGGAGGCCACAUGACAUGUGAGCUCCUGAGGCUCGCCUUGGCUCCGACGGUCUCUCAGCCUUUCCUUGUUUUGGUUGAACCUGACCGUGUUCGAGAGGACGGCUCAGUGGGAGAAGCCUUUUAACCCACAUGGAGGCGUCCUUUACAGGGUGAUAUAACAGUAUGAGCGGCCUUCUACUGGAUGUCGCUGUUCAGCCGAGCUCCGUUGGGCCGCCUGUGCGAGCAGCGCGGUACCUGCGCGGGGGGCCGCAGCUGCCCCGCGCCGACUUCCAGCUCCGCCCGGUGCCCAGCGGUUUCGCGCCCCAAGAACAAGAAUACCAGCAGGCCCUGCUGCUGGUGGUGGCCUUGGCAGGCCUGGGCUUGGGCCUGAGCCUCAUUUUCAUUGCUGUCUACCUCAUCCGCUUCUGCUGCUGCCGGCCCCCAGAGCCGCCCGGGGCCAAGAGCCCUCCGCCGGGGGGAGGCUGUGUCACUUGGAGCUGCAUUGCUGCCCUUCUCGUCGCACUGGCAUUGGCAUCGGUUUCUAUGGCAACAGCGAGACCAGUGAUGGGGUGUCCCAGCUCAGCUCUGCACUGCUGCAUGCCAACCACACACUCACUGCCAUUGACCACCUGCCCUGUCGCCCAAUCCCUGGCCACCCCAGAGAACGCCCUCCCCCGACUCCAGGCCCACCCCUGUGCGCAGGUGUUGGAGAUGGUGGAGAGGUUGGAUGAGGCCGUGAGGACAGAGCUGACCACUCUGGAGGAGGUGCUGACGCAGCGCACGGAGCUGGUGGCGGCCACCCGGGGGGCUCGGCGGCAGGCGGAAGCCGUGGCCCAGCAGCUCCAGGGGCUGGCCUUCUGGCAGGGAGUGCCCCUGAGCCCCGUGCAAGUAGCUGAAGAUGUGUCCUUUGUGGAGGAGUACAGGUGGCUGGCCUACGUUCUCCUGCUGCUCCUGGAGCUGCUGGUCUGCCUCUUCACCCUCCUGGGCCUGGCGAAGCAGAGCAAGUGGCUCGUGAUUGUGAUGACGGUGAUGAGUCUCCUGGUUCUCGUCCUGAGCUGGGGCUCCAUGGGCCUGGAGGCAGCUACGGCCGUGGGCCUCAGCGACUUCUGCUCCAGCCCGGACACCUACAUCCUGAACCUGACCCGGGAGGAGACUGGCCUUGGCUCAGACAUCCUGAACUAUUAUUUCCUCUGCAACCAGGCCGUCUCCAACCCCUUUCAACAGAGGCUGACUCUGUCCCAGCGAGCUCUGGCCAACAUCCACUCCCAGCUGCAGGGGCUGGAGCGAGAAGCUGUCCCCCAGUUCCCUUCUGCUCAGAAGCCUCUGCUGUCCUUGGAGGAGACGCUGAAUGUGACAGAAGGAAACUUCCACCAGUUGGUGGCACUGCUGCACUGUCGUGGCCUGCACAAGGAUUAUGGCGCAGCCCUGCGGGGCCUGUGUGAGGACGCCCUAGAAGGCCUGCUCUACCUGCUGCUCUUCUCCCUCCUGUCUGCGGGGGCCCUGGCCACCGCCCUCUGCAGCCUGCCCCGCGCCUGGGCCCUCUUCCCACCCAGGAAUCCAAGCGCUUCGUGCAGUGGCAGUCAUCUAUCUGAGCCCUUCCUCCACGCCAGACUGGAGCCUGUUCCCCAUCUCCGUUCCUUCCCCAGCUGCCGGAGAAGACCCCACUAACCCAGCCUCACUGGGCUCCUACCACUAACAAUGCCCUGGGUACGGACACCUUAAACAGGACUGCCUUCCCGCCUGCCCUGCCCCCUCUAUGUGUCCUUAGCCCUGGAAGUAAGCCGAGGGGGUAGGCCAGGGCCCUGAGCUGGCCGGGGAGUGGGCAGACAGCCAGACCCACAGCCUCUCAGCCCUGAAGGGAUGUGAGUGCCCCCGCCCUACCACACCCCAGUGGGCUUAGGGCCCCUGAUCUCCACUUGCGGCACCAACUUGGGAAAGGGUUGAUUUGAAAUAAAAGGGACGACUUUAUUUUACAA